GCUGCGCAUCGCUCAGCCCUGGUGAGCUCUCCGUCUUGCUCUCACUUCAUCCGCCUCUAACCACGGACAUGCACUGAAAUGCUCCAUCACUGAGCAUUUUCAGAACCCCACAACGGAACCGAGUUGUGUUUUCGUCAGCCGCAGUCAGCUCGGAUGUGUCCAAAGUCCUGAUUUUGCAUCUUGAUUUACGGAAUAUCGAAACCGCCUCCUCUGCACAGUUGUUUGCGUGUUAGAGCGCCCAACUGCAAUGAACCUGGAGCGCAGUGACAGAAGGGAGCGCCCUGUAGCUCGAGGGCCAGACAUGGAGGCCCGUGCGGGGGGAAACAUGGGCAAGAUGUCAGUGGGAUUCCAGAGAAGCUCCACAUCUGAUGAUGACUCUGGGUGUGCUUUGGAGGAGUAUGCCUGGGUGCCAUCAGGACUCAGACCUGAGCAGGUCCAGAUGUAUUUCUCCUGUCUGCCAGAGGACAAGGUGCCAUAUGUCAACAGCCCAGGAGAGAAGCACAGGAUCCGACAGCUCCUCUACCAGCUUCCUCCACAUGACAAUGAGGUGCGCUAUUGCCAUUCUCUGAUCGAGGAGGAAAAAAGGGAGCUCCAGAUAUUCAGCACCCAGAGGAAGAGGGAGGCGUUGGGAAGAGGGACGCCUAAGAUCCUCCCCAGAGCCCUGCAACACACCCGCUGUGAAAGUUGUCAUGGUGGCAUUAAUGGAGGAGAGAUGGCAAUUUUUGCCUCCAGGGCUGGGCCGAGUCCCUGCUGGCACCCAACAUGCUUUGUGUGUACAACGUGUCAAGAGCUCCUGGUUGAUCUCAUCUACUUUUAUCAAAAUGGCAAGAUCUUCUGUGGAAGGCACCAUGCUGAGCUUCUCAAACCACGAUGCUCCUCUUGUGAUGAGAUCAUCUUUGCAGAUGAGUGCACUGAGGCAGAGGGUCGUCACUGGCACAUGAAGCACUUUGCUUGCUUUGAGUGUGGGACAAUGCUUGGUGGGCAGCGGUACAUCAUGAAAAAUGGACGGCCAUACUGCUGUGGGUGCUUUGAGUCUCUGUAUGCAGAGUACUGUGAGGCCUGCGGUGAAAAUAUUGGUGUUGACCAUGCCCAAAUGACCUAUGAAGGUGUACAUUGGCAUGCCACAGACCAGUGCUUCUGUUGUGCCCAGUGCAAGACGUCCUUGUUGGGUUGUCCCUUCCUGCCCAAGCAAGGCCACAUCUAUUGCUCAAAAGUCUGCAGCCAGGGGGAAGAUAUACAUGGCUCCGAUUCGUCUGAUUCUGCUUUCCAAUCAGCCCGCUCACGUGAAUCGCGGCGCAGUGUACGCAUGGGAAAGAGCAGCAGGCCUACAGAGCAAUGGAGACAGUCCCAGCUUUUUAAUCGUCCUGUCACUGUCCCAUCAUAUGAGCAAAGGUUUGGGGAUAGUGAGGGUGACAAAGACGCUGAUGGCAACAUUGAUAUUGUGGGGCGUAAGCUGGGCCACAUGGGCCUGGAGGAGGAAAGAUUCUGGAGGGAUCGCGAGGAAGAUGCCAGUGGAGAGGAGGAUCCAGAUGAGUGGGCCCAGCAUGAUGACUAUAUGACUCAGCUCCUGCUCAAGUUUGGUGACCGGGGGUUGUUACAACUUCAGCAGCCAUCCCUAAAAUCACCCAGUCCUAACAGUGACACAAACAGGCUAACAUGCACGUCUGAUCCCUGGCUGAAGCCCACUUCUACAUCUAUGGGGAUGAAUGCUUCUUCUCCUACCCCUGCCAGUCCCACACAGAGCCAGACUUCAAAUCAGUCCCGGGCCAACAGUCUCAGCCCUGGAUUCAUGGAUAAGAAGCACCUGCCAGAAAUAUACUGGGCCCAGUCACAGGAUGGCCUUGGAGACUCGGCUUAUGGGAGCCACCCUGGUCCUGCCAGUGCCAGAAAGAUCCAAGAGCUGGAACUGGACCAAGAGCAGGAUCAAUUGGAAGCAGGAAAACGACCCUUCUGGCAAGACACCAGGCAGUGGUAUGAAGAUUCUCUUGAGUGCAUCGCCGACGAGUUGAGAAAGGUUGGGAAGGGUGUUGGAGACUCGAUGGACUCCUUGGCCCUUUCAAAUAUCACUGGUAAGGAUUGUGCAACUAGCUUGGAAUCAGCUUUACUUUCUUUUAAUAUCCAAAGCACAGUGAAAACAGAACCUUCCCUUUCACCUCUCUUAGGUGCAUCAGUGGAUGGCGACAGCAGGGAUGCACCUGCUGUCUACACUCUUCAUCCAAGACAGGGUUCCUCAUUGACAGGCGAGUGUGAAAAGAUGAGCAACAUGGGAACGUUUAAUUCAUCUCAUCUUCACCACAGCGCCAACUCUCUCAAUCUCAACAUGGAAAAGAGGAGUGAGGAAGUAGAGAAUGAAGUUGCUCUUGGAAUGAGGGGAGGUGCUCCAGGUGUUCACUCACUGUCUCCUCAUUCAGAAGGACUCUCUCCAUCCUUUGUUCAAGCCCCAGCACUGAGGAGGAGCAAGUCACAAUCCAGGCCACCUCAGGUGGUCAAGUUCUCAGAAGACACAGUGGACAAUGGACAUAAUGAUGGUUUUGAGGUCAGUAUUACAAAACAUCCCAUGAGUGAGAAACCACAGAGGAGGGCCUUCUGCCCCGAUGAGCUGGGCAGAGAGAGAAGCCGUUCAACGAGCCACCAUGGGCGGAGCAGGCAGAGCCGCCACCGGCAAGGUCGACACCAUCGGAGCCGCAAAACCCGCUCAGACAAUGCCCUCCACAUGGUACCUAUGGAAAGAGCACAAAGACCAUUUGUGCACCAGCAACAGGGUUUAGGGAACUCUUCCUGUGGUGCUAUGCGCCUACAGCACCCGUCACACUUGGUGCCUUUGGCUUACUCCCAAACUCGAUCUGACUAUAUGCUUCGAAGCUCAACCAAAAAUGACCCAAGGGCUGAACAUUUCAUGGGUCUCUACAGAGAGGAUGAUGACUGGUGUUCCACUUGCUCAUCUUCAUCAUCAGACUCCGAGGAGGAGGGCUAUUUCCUCGGUCAACCAAUCCCCCAGCCCAGAGCUGUUGGGCGCUACUAUGCAGAGGACUAUCCAACAAGAGUUACAGCCCUCCCUUCUUUGAGCCAUGCCUCACAGACUUGUCACCGAAAAGGUCACAACUCCAAAAACUGUAUAAUUUCUUAAAAUGUUUAUCAAUUGUUUUAUUUUAAAUCAUGGGCACUACGCAAAGCAAUACCAGCCAGAAAGGGUCCUCAAGUCACUGAUUUAGGAAGUGAUUAGAAAGUGCAUGGAUCAAUGUUAGAUCAGGCCAAAUGUAGGAGGGACACAUUGUACGUUUUAUCCAACGUAGCAUUAAAUAUUCCUAAAACUGCUUUUUACAUAAGAUGCAAGAACCUGUAGCGUUGGAAAUAUGGCAGUUAGCAUUAAAUCCACUUUUUCCUGUCAGCCUUUCUCUAUAAUUUUUAGUUUUUUCAUUGCUAUAUGUGCAUUACAGUUGUACAGAAGUUUAUCAUUCAAGUAGAAAAUCAAAACCAAAUUAUUUAAUGUCAACGCAUCACAAUAAAAAUGUACAUACUAAGUUAAGGUAGUAAUACUAGUUUUUAGUCAUGGUUUAAGUAAAAAGCAGUUAUUGUUUAUACUUUAUGAAAAGAACAGAACAGUGCAGUAUUAAUCCAGAAAUGUUUCCCACAUUACCAUUUGUACAAAUCUGGUAGCAACACACUUGUACUUGCACCUGAUCACUUGCAUUACUCCAACAUAGCCAAACAUGCUUUUUGAUGUAAAGAUGCUUGUAAUAAAUUUUUGUUUUCAAAGACUU